CCCAGCAUGAGGGUGGGCCACUGUGACACUGGUGGGAUCUGGAGCGGACUGCAGGCAUAAGGCCAGCCUCUCUGGUUACGAAGGUGGGGACACUGAGCCCCAAAGAGGAGCUGAGACUUGCCCAAGGGCGCGCAGCGGGGCGGCCGCAGAGCUAGCUUCUCCCCUGUGUGAUGGGUCUGGCACAAGCGGAGCCGGAGCCUUCUUACUGCGCCACCUUGGACAAGACUCUUCCCUGCUCCUUUCCCUGGCUUUCGUUGAAAGAAAUGACAUGUUGGCACGGAUCAUUACCUACAUUUGGAAAGUGUCUGCUUCAAAGUUAAGAAAGUUGGAAAGGAACAUUGCUGAUAACUGGGCUAUUUUGGAGCUGAGAAAAGAAGCUGAGAUAGGUUGCAGUGAUAAGAGGCAUUGUUCCUGUCCUCUAGAACACAAGGAGAAGAAAUGACUGAAAGUGAAGCAUGAAGGACUGGGGUUAGAUACAUAGAGGGACUUCCAAAGAGGCAUUUCCAGGCACCUCCUUUGGAGUUGGUGGGUUUUAUUUUUUUGGCUCUUGUUUUGUUUUGUCAAAAAACAGAAUUGCUACCUAUCCAUUUGAGGGGCCCUAAGUCUGGCUUACUUACCAAUAGAGGAUGGACUCUGUGGUCUUUGGAGGAUUAUUUAUUCUCAGGGGUGGUCUCUGUUCUUCAGAAAGAGGGAGAAGAUGCCCAUGUGAGGCCUUUAGGCAAAGGCCCAAAGUCCAGAGGUUUGCAUUUGAAACAUGUGAUUUGGGUUGUUUCUUGCAAGGGGGUUUCAUCAGCUCCCAUCAGUCCACAGAGUCCACCAGAAGUGCCAGGGUUUCCAGAGAGACUGGGAAUGGUCCUGGCACUGUGGCUGGCAUGCUGAGAGGGUAUUUUGGAAAGUGGUGCACAUCAAAGACAUUUCAGUGUACCCCCAUGAAGUAGGAAAGAAAGAGUAUUUUUUUGCUUUUUUCAGCAUCCGGCUGAGUCACCAGCUGAAUUCCAGGCCUUUUUGUGUUUCCUCAGUCCGGGAGGGAGGUGGAACAGAUCUGAAGACUGGGAGUUAGAAGACCUUGGAUCGAAUCCUCAGCCUAGCUUCAGUUCUGAGUGCCUUAGCUUCCCCCUUUGCAAAAUGGGAAUGGUAAUGACAUUUUAAGGCUCAAGUGAGGUGGCAUCACAGGAAGUUUGGUUCAGGCUACAUUCUAAGUUUGGCGAUGGGGACACUGAGGUCCACAGAAAGGAAGGCAUAACAACAAUAAGACUGUUAAUAAUACAGAAUGCUAUCUUCCAGCUACUGUGCAAACGGUUUUACUGCAUCAAGUAAAGUCUGGGAAGGCAGGAGUUUUUGUGCAUCUUGUCCCCAGUCACCCUCUCCGUGCCUAGUACAGAGCUCUACCACAUGGCCACAAGCAGGAUGGCUGGUGCUAAGACGGGCCAGUGGGGACUCUGGUGCCCAUAGGGGCAGCUCCACCUCCUGAAAAUGAAGGGGCCCAGGUGAAACGCAGGCCAGGCCCAAUGGCCAGCUCUGGAACAGAGGUCCACUGGGUCGAGCCAGGCCUGGGGAAGGGGCCCCAGCGGCGGCGCUGGGCCUGGGCUGAAAAGGGAAAGGAUGCUGAUGAGAGUGGCACACGCAGCUCAGAAGAGGAGGGACCCUUUCCCACCGCGAGCAGCCCCGAGCUCCUGGAGGACUUCCGCCAGGCCCAGCAGUGCCUGCAGCCACUGAAGUGGGGCCCAGACUCACAGCCUGCUGGGUGCCCGGAUCCCGAAUCUGGAGAGUCUUCAGAAGCCGAAUCUGAAGAAGAGGAUGAGGACAGCCCAGAAAGUUCCAACUUGCUUCUCAGCUGGCUCCCCCAGCAGGAUCCUCAAUCGGACAUGACCAAAGAGGAUCCAAGUGAGGCUCUGCAAGGUCCUGAGGUCCAGGAAGCUGGAGAGAGCUCCCCGAGGUUGGGGUAUGAGACCUAUCUCAGCUCAGGGGGCCAUGGGAGCACCAGCCCCACCACUCUGGACUGGGGUCAGCCUGCAAGCUGGGUGGCUUCUAGCAAACAAGCCAGUGGAGACAAACUUCCAGAACAUUCUGAGGUCAACCCAACUGUUGACUUCAGCUCACCCAGGUCCUGGAGCAGUGGGACUGUGAGCCUAAAUCACCCCAGUGACAACCUGGAUUCUACCUGGGAAGGAGAGACUGAUGUACCCCAGCCCACUGCCCUGGCAGAAACUUCACCCCAGAGCCCCAGCCACCACCUCCUCAACCCAAAUGACAGAACUGAAGGAAGUGUUGCUCUGGUAACGCCCACGGAAUUCCAGGGACCCUCAGCACCACCCGCCCAGAGCCUCCAGUGUCCUGCAGACAGAUGGAGGAGAGAAAACAGCAGCCUCUCCUGCCCUCAGCCCGGGGACCAGUCCUGGAAGCAGACACGGAUAUCACCUAAGCCACUCCCUUCCCGAUUCACCGGCUCCAUCAGCCCUCCCAACCCCUCCCCUAGGCCAGCUCGGCAGGACAGGCCACCCCCCAGGCCAGGAGCCACUCUGGCUGGCCACUCAUCUUCUGAUGCCCCCAAGUACGGCCGGGGGCGGCUGAACUACCCGCUCCCUGAUUUCUCCAAGGUGGGACCCCGGGUGAAGUUCCCCAAAGAUGAGAGCUACCGCCCCCCCAAGGCCAGGAGCCACAGUAGGCUGCCCGAGGGCCCUGCCAAGCCACUGAUCUUCAAGUCUCCUGCUGAGAUUGUGCGGGAGGUGCUGCUGAGCAGUGGAGAUGUCUGCCCUGGAAAGAACCCACCUCCUACCCACCCUAUCACCAGGGUGCCCCAAGAAUUUCAGACACCCGAGCAAGCCACCAAGCUUGUCCAUCAGCUCCAGGAGGACUACCACAAGCUCCUCACCAAGUAUGCCGAGGCCGAGAACACCAUCGACCAGCUGCGCCUUGGGGCCAAGGUGAACCUGUACUCGGACCCGCCCCAGCCCAGCCACAGCAUCCACGCGGGGACGAUGCCCCAGGGGACCAAGGUCUUGUCCUUCACCAUCCCACAGCCCCACUCUGUGAAGUGGUAUGUGGGCCCCGCCGAGGGCCCGCAGGCUUCUGAGGCUUCAGGGUCGCCAUCAGCUGGAGGAGACCUGAGCCCCUCCUCACCUCCCAGCAUGCCCACCCUAGGGUGGCUUCAGGAGGACACAGGGGGCAUUGCCCAGGACCAGCCCUCAGUGGAGCGGGCCCAGGAGCUGGCUUCUCAGGCCAGCCAGUUCCUGACCAAGGUGGAGUCCUUUAUAGAGCUGAUACACGCAGGACGGCUGACACCCCAGGACCAACUCAAGGUCUUCCAGCAGCUAAAGGCUGCCCACGUGGCCCUGGAGGAGGACUACCUGAAGGCCUGCAGGGAGUGGCACCUGUCCCAGCAGCUUGCCGGCUCCAAGGGGACACCCAGGAGAUUUGAUCCUGACAGGGAAGUGGAGGCAGAGAUAUUCCAGCUAGGAAUUCGCCUGGAUGAGCUGAAGGACCUCAUGGACCGCAACGAGCAGGAGCCUGGGCAAGUUGGGUCAGACUUGGCUCUGGACAGCCCCCCAGCCACGCCCUCCCCCCACCAGCCAACAGACCUGCCCUCUCCCUUGGAACAAACCCGCACAUCGGCCAUCCAGACCCUCGGCCCUGAGCCCGACGCCACCAGCAUUGGCCCCCACCUACUGCCCAUGAACUCGGAUCUGAGCGCUCCCAGCAAUGAGGCAGAGAACGGGCCGCUGGGCCUCCCGGCCCCGCUCAAGCACAAGGAGCUGCAGGUGGAGCAGGAUUUCCACGGCCUCCUGGAGCGGUACCUCAGUGUGAAGUCCCUUCCAGAAGCCCUGAGGAUGGAGGAGGAGGAGGUGGAGGGCCAGGACUGCACCCUGGGUUUUGACAGGCCGGAUCCAGCUCCAGGAAAAGCCGUGGCCCCAAGGCUCCUCACCAGGCAGCCCCCGGCGCAGGCUGAGAGAAGUCAUGGGGUUCCCCUCGAGGAGACCAUGGAGCAGAUGGUGUCUGUGAAGCCAGCAGAUGUCUGUGCAUCCGUGACCAGAGAUGGGCAUCUGCAGGGUCUGGCAAAAGCCGAGGAGGCCCCUCCCGGCCACAGCAGGCCCCCCCAUCCUCGGGGCCCCAAGUCCGCAACGUCCCACCAGAGCAGUCUGGCCAGCCUCGAGGGAAGUGGCAUCUCUGAGCGCCUCCCACCAAAGUCUCUGCACCAGGCCGGCGGGCCCCCGCUGGAGGAGCCCUGGAUGGCAUCCCCCGAGACAGACAGUGGCUUCGUGGGCUCAGAAACCAGUAGAGUGUCACCCCUCACUCAGACCCCAGAGCACCGGCUCUCCCAGAUCAGCACCCCGGGGACGUUAGUCCGGUCCUUCACUCUGCCUGUACCCCAAGAUGCAGCCUCCCACCCCCAGACCAAGGGUCUUCCAGUCCCCAGAAGAACCUCUGAGCCCAGCGGACCCAGAAGCCGAGCCCAGAAGCCCCCAUCUGGCCAGGACAGUCCUCUCCAGCAGAGGGCGCCCAGCUUCUGCCUGGAGCGGGCACUGGCGUCUGAGAUGGCGGUCCCUGGCUCAGAGUUUAAGGGGCGGAAGCGGAUUCCUGAACCGAUCCUCCCCAGCGCGACAAUUAGCCCACCUCCCACCCCUGCCCCUGUGGCUGCCACUCCACCCCGUGGACCCGCAGAGAUCACCUCCACCUUUUUCCUCACCAGGACGGGGCGCGACCAGGCCAUCCGGGAGCUGCAGGAUGAGGUCUCCCGGCUCCGGCUGAGGCUGGAGGACAGCCUCCACCAGCACCCCCAGGGCCGCCCCACGCGCUCAGCGUCCAGCUGCGACCGCCCCACCCGGGCCCGGGAGCGGUCAGGGGAUUCCUCAGCCACUUGGAGCUCCCAUUACGUCAGCAAAUCCACGGAAAGGUCGUCUGGUGAGCCCGGGGGUGCAGAGCAAGCUGUCCCCACGGGAAGGCGGCGAGCCAGGUCCUCCUCGGUGCCUCGGGAGGAGCCUCGACUGUCCCUGAGUUCCGAAUCUGAGCCAGCCUCCCCCAGGUUGUUCUCUGAGAGGGGCAGGACCACCGAGAACAGUCCGCAGGCCGCUCGGGAUGGAACAAAAGGAGUGAGUAGCACCGGACGGCCCAACAGGGUCACCUUCCGAGGCCAAUACACAGGCCAGGAGUACUAUGUUCUGACCCCCAAGACUGUCCCAAGAAGCAGUGUCCCGGUCUCCUGUCCCCACUGCCAACCCCCUAGGAUGGAGGAUCCAGGUGGUGCUGUCAGCAGGGGCCCCCUGGGACCGUCUCGCAGUGAGACCUUGCGAUGUCCCCUGUGUAGUCAAGUUGGGUCCCCCUCUGAGGGGGAUGGCCCAGACUCAGCCACCUCUGCGCCAGAAAAGGCCGCCACCAGCAGAAAUGCACCUUCAAUGUCCAGCCCCAAGCAGAGGAGCAAGCAGGCAGGGUCGCCACCCCGGCCACCUCCUGGACUGUGGUAUCUGGCUGUUGCACCCUCGGCACCAGCCCCUCCUGCCUUUGCCUACAUCUCCUCGGUUCCCGUCCUGCCUUAUCCAUCAGCCACUGUGUACUACGCGCCGCCAGCACCUACCUCAGCCCCCUCAGUCCGAGCAGCCACCGAGUGGCCCCCCACAGCCUGCUCCCGGCCGGCCCGGGGACCCCGGCACUCCGUCCAGCUGGACCUGAAGGACCUGGAGGAGCUCAACAAGGCCCUGAGCCGGGCGGUCGAGGCUGCCGAGAGCGUCCGCUCCACCACCCAGCACAUGAGCCGCUCGCUGUCGGCCGAGCUGCGCCAGGCCCGCAGCCUGCGGGGCUCCUGCCUCUUCUGACUGCGCUCGAGGCUCAGGCAUGCGUGGCGGGCAGGGGGCUGGCAGUCGCCCCCCGCCCCAGGCCAGAGGGCGCUGAGCCACUCCCAGAGGCCCCGCAGACCCUCACGAGGAAGGCUCCCUCCGCCCCGGGCCCUGCCUUCUCAGCCUCCGUGCCUCCAAAACGGAACAAGUGGCAGUGGGUGACUCAGAGAAGCCACUUCCUAGCCCUGAAGGAGGUUGAGGCUGGGACUGAGGCCACCCUCUGCCCAGACGCCAUCUCUGGGAGGCCCCUGGCCUGCACGCGUCCAUCUCCAGCUAAUAAUAUGUAUUUUAUAUAUGAUGGACAGGUUGUUGUUUUUUUUUUUUUUUCUUUAACUGAGGCAUUUUUCUGGCCUUGAAUCCUUCUUAGGAGGCCAGAUAAGAGGGGAUGGGGCCAGGGUCUCUGGUGAAAACUUGUCCCCCACCUGUGACCAGCCACUCCAGAGUAGGCGUCUCUGGGAAGGACGUGGCUGGGGACUUUCCUUCUGGUGACUGGUGGUCGGUCUGUGGGGUACUUUGAGGCCAUUGGAAUAUCUUAGAAGCACCCAGCUUCCCCAUGAUCAAGAAGCCUUUCCCACGGGCUUGCUGCGAUGGAGACACCCCACUGGGGGCCCCGGAAAGUUGUCUACCACGGUCCCGCCUCAGUACCUCAUGCUGAGACCCCUGGCUCUCCCCUCGGACCCCUGUGGAACUGGGCCAGUGGCCAGCUUCCUGCCAGCUCCUGGUGUGUGCCCCUGAGGCCAGGCCAUCUGCUCCCCAACCGUGUAGCAGCUCAGACCUCAGCUUUUCUGGAAUGUGUGUGCAUCACUGAUAUUUGUAUAUUUGGGGCAUUAAAAAAAAGUCUAUUUUCGUUAUGAGAGCAAAUAAAUAAGAGUGAAUAUUGAUCUUUAAAA